CCAGGGCUCUUUGGCUACUUUUCUCUGCGCAUUUGUGUUGUAGCUGUUAAUGGGCGGUCUUAUUCCACGCCACGCAGUUUCUCAGUGGACAGCGGCACCAGUUGCGUCUCUCUCUCUCCGUGGGCAGAAUGUCUCAUGGAGGAGUUUUGGAUGCGUCUGUGAACAUCCACAGGUAGUUAGGCUACACAGUCUGUUUUCGCCGGCACCACUUUUGCAUUUUUCUUGCAAGAAGCAUAUAAUCGAUUUGGAGACGAUUCUUGUGCUUUUUGUCUUGUGUAACUAUUGCACUGAGCCUACUUGCUUGCACAUUUUUGUAAAUACACAACGGAGUGUGCAGUAACCUAUUUACAGUAGAACCGACAACGAUGGUUGUUUGUAAACAUUUGCAGAUGCGUUUUCCUUAAGUUUUUUGAAAGAAAAACUAAAAUAGCGCUUGGAUUGUAUUGCAAGUUUGGAUGUGAAUGCAAAAGCGGAAUACAAUGGCAAGCGAUUUGAAGCCUCGGUUGUGUGUGAUGAAGAAAGGAGAGAACGGCUAUGGGUUUCAUCUGCACGGAGAGAAAGGAAAAACCGGACAGUACAUACGGAAAGUGGAACGCGCGUCCCCGGCGGAGGCAUCGGGGCUGCGCGCGGGUGACCGUGUGGUGGAGGUGAACGGCGAGAACGUGGAGAGAGAGACACACCAUCAGGUGGUGCAGCGGAUCAAAGCCGUGGAACAUGAGACCAGACUGCUGGUGGUCGACCGGGAGACUGACGAGUACUUCCGCAGCCUGCGUCUCACCUGCACGGAGGAAAUGGCCAUCCGGAUGAGCCCUGCAGUCACAGCCCCGUCACCCUCACCGUCCACCAGUAAACAGGGCAAUGGCUCGGUGUCCAAACGACCUGAGAUCUCCAAACCCAUCAGGAAACCUCCAUCACGAGCUCCUAAGAAGGAGGUUCAGCCCUCAUCGGAGUCCUCGACACGGGACCCGUCUGAGCUUCUGCCGAGGCUGUGUCACCUGGUGCGGUCCGAGACGGGUUACGGCUUUAAUCUCCACAGCGAGAGGUCCAGACCGGGUCAGUACAUACGGGCUCUGGACCCCGGCUCGCCCGCUGACCGCGCUGGACUCAAACCACAGGACAGACUCAUAGAGGUGAAUGGAGUGAACAUCGAAAGCAUGAGACAUGCUGAAGUUGUGGCCUUCAUCAAGAACGGCGGGAACGAGACGCGUUUGCUAGUGGUGGAUCCGGAUACAGAUGAGCAUUUCAAAAAGAUGGGCAUCACUCCCACCAGCAUCCAUGUCAAAGAUUUUGAUGAGUCCAUAACUAAUGGCUCCUCCAGCCCACAUGUGAACGGGACGUCCUCACGAUCCACAUACUCAGACGGCAGCAGUCAGGACAACAACACACAGUUCUUGAGGGAAAGCAGCAGUCAUCUUCUCGACCCGUUUGAAGAAAUAGGUCUGAGUCUGAGCCCCACGGCGGCGGAGGCUAAAGAGAAAGCCCACGCCAAGCGUGCCAGAAAGCGAGCGCCCCAGAUGGACUGGAACAAGAAGCACGAGAUUUUUAGCAAUUUCUGAACCUCCUUCCCCAGAGAAUCUCCCCCCUACGUGUGUUGCAUUCAAACCCAUGAACACGUGACUGCUUUUGAUGAAAAAGAGGCACCUAUUUUUGUAGAAAAUGGAAACUUGAAACAUAAAAAAUUGAAAGACACACCCGGAGGGGAUGAUGUGAGUUGCGCAACAGGAUUUCUAUCUUACGAAAGGCUAAGAAAGUCAAAAAUCGAUGGUCAAGCUGCUCGGAUCUCUGCGUCAUUAGUGUUCACGCUGUUUAUUCGACCACUUCAAUAUAGCACGUUGACAAAAAACGUACAUAAUGGAAUACAAAAGCCAAAUGAGACUAGCAUACAGGACUGUGCUUUUGCAGAACUCAACAGAACAAAAUCAUGCUAUUCAAUUUAGGACCAAAAUAAGGAAGCUCAUUUUAUGUAAUACGUCUUUUAUGUGAAUCAUGGGAGGAUUUAGAAUUGUUCUUUUGCCAAAGACACAACCUAUAAUCGACCUGAUGAGUUUCGAUUGUCUUGAAGGGACGUACCACUGUCGAUUAUCGAGUUCGAGGAAUUACUGAGAUUUCAGAGGAAGAAAGAAAAAACUGGAGUGACCCAGAAAGAGGAAUCUGCACUUCUUCAACACUAGAGGACGCUGUUUAUGCACAUUUGGGCUUCAUUAUGAAAGAAGACGGAGUUAAACAGAACAUGCUGAACCACCAGAGGGAGCAUCACAACACAUGCUGCUUUCUUCCAGCUCAGUUGACUGCAAGAGAAGUGAAACUUGUGCAUCGAACAAGUGCAAAGUUGCAAGAUUCGCCACAAAGACUUAUUGCUGUAUUUACAGUGUAGUGUCUACUGGUGCAUUCUAGGAUGUGGAUGCAACAGACAGGUGUCAUGCGAGUGGUCACAAUCAUGCAAAGCCGAAUCGUUUCGGAACUAACGUAAUAAACCUCGUAAAACAAUAAAGCGUAAUGCAUGCCUUAUCUAUAGAGAAA